AUGUUCGGUCGACUGGCGCAGUGGCUCCUCCCGACCGCGGCCCCGAACGACGAGCACGCCAAGGACCGCUACGACCUCCUCGCCUCGCUGAAGAAGGCCGUCAUGGACGUCUGCCACUGGCACGAAGAAAAGGCCAAGCUCGAAACGAGCGGCAAGACGAUCGUGCUCGAGGAAGACGACAUUGGCGUCUAUGAUCUGUGUCGCUGCAUCCAAAGCUGCCUCAACCACGGGCUGCGCCAUGGCCACAACGACGCGACGGCCUCGUGCUGGCCGCUCGUGCACUUUGUCGGGACCGCCGUCGCCGAGGCCAGCGCGCCGGUCGCAGGCACGAUCCGCGAAGCGUCGCGGCUGUCGUCGACGGACGCAGGCAAGUCACGCGUCUGGCUUCGCCUCGCGUUGAACCAAGCGAACCUCGAAGCCACGAUCGCACUCAUUCUCGCGCUCGACACGGAGCAGUUUCUCCGCGCCAGCUGCGAAGACUGGGCCUUGCUGCGCUGCGCCGAGGGCGCGUCGAUCUUUGUCCAGCUGCUCACGUACCUUGGCGACUUGCAUUUUCGGAUCCCGAUCUCGGAUCUCGAGUUUGCUCGGCGCCGCAAGAGCCAACCCCGCGUCACCAUUGCUCUCGACGCCGCCGCCGCACCCAGCGCCCUUGACAACAUGGACCUGCUCUUUGAGAAGGUCGAGGCGCUCGUCGACGACGUGGCGAGCCAAGCCGACGAGUACUUUUCGGCCGCGGCCCGACGUCUCUCGGACAAGAAAAAGGGUAUCAAGCCGUGGCAGCACGUCUUUAGCGUCGAGCUCUCAUUUCUCGUGCGCAACCCGUACCACACCAAGUGCGCGUUCAUCGACCCGCACCUCGCGAUUCCGAAUUUCGUGGUCGAGUGCCUCGAGUACAUUGCAUCGCACGCGUCGACACCGCGACUCUUCCGCACGACCGUCUCGCAGGUCUACGUGGCGCCGGUGAAAGACUACAUCGAGUUCCACGGGUGCCUGCCCAAGCAACCCGACCCCCACGUGGUCUCGGCGAUCCUAGUCGAGUUCCUCCGACACAUUCCCGAGCCGCUCAUCACGUCCGAGCGCUACGACGCCUUCGUGACGGCGUCGCGCAUGCCAGACGAAGGCGACCGCGUCCGGAACCUCGCCUGUCUCGUCGCCGACCUCCCAAUCGAGUGCAAGAUCGUGCUCGAGCGGGUCUUUGGGGUCCUCGCGACACUCCUCGAGCCAGCGCACGCAGCGCUCAAUGGCCUCAACGUCGUCGGCCUCUCGAUUGCGCUGGCGCCGGCCAUCGUCCGGAAGCGCGAGACGCGCGAGAAUAAGCUCCAAAUGCAGUCGCAGGAGGUGCGCAUGGCAGCGAUCGGCGCGCACGUCGUUGAGCUCAUGCUCUCGCACCACGAGACGAUCUUUGCGUCGGUUCGCAGCACGAUUCAAAAGGCGACGCAGGAUUUCGAGAUCAAGCAGCGCUUUCUCGCAAGCUUUGCACCGCUCGUCAAGCAGCACCCGGUCGUUGGCAACGUGGACGAUGACGCAGCGCUGGAGACGAUCUGGCACUGUAUGAAGCGCCACCGGUCCCAAGUGCAGACCAUGGAGGAGACGGAAGCGCAGGCCAAUACGUCGCGGCGGCAAAGCGCGGUCGUACGCAACGAGAUGCAGCAGCACCUGCGCGACGAAGACAACAACCAAGCCAACGAGGACGACGAGAACGACGGGAUGGUCUUUGAAGAGGUUCCGCUGCUGACGAGCGCGGCGACGGACGAUGUCGCGCUCUGGCAAGCGUACGGGUUCCACGCAGCGCGCGUCCUUGACAACUUUCAGAGCGGCGGCGUCCUCCUCCUGCGCUGCCUCGCGUACUACGUGCAGCACGACCCCAAGGCGCUCGAGCACUUGGCGGCGUGCGCGCGCCGGACGCCACCGCGCGCGUACAGUGCGCUCACGGCGAGUGCGGCCAUCGUCGCCGUGCUGCUGAACGCGCUCAAGCUGGCGCCGACGCCGUCGCACCCGACCAUCGACUUUACGCUCCUCUCGAUGGAGCCGUUCUGGGAGAUCCUUGCGGACCACGUCUUCUUCUACCGCAUGUUUGGGCUUGCGCUCGAAAUGUUCGAGUACCAGUAUACGUUCACGCACGACUUUGGCCGCGUCCUCGAAGAAACCAUUGCGCAGCUCGAGUGGCUCUUGCACCGGUCGCCGUCGUCGAUCGACGACAUUAUCGACGACUGGAAGCUGUACCGGAAGACUGCGAUCUCGUCGCGUCAGAACUCGAUAAGCAACAUGCUCGCGGCGAUCGCAACGCCCGAGGCGGCGGUGACGAUGUCAAAGGCGCUCGACUUUAACCGAGCGGCGAUGGCGCAAAAGCUCCUUGGCGACUCGAAGAUCCUCAACAUUGCGCACAUUGUCGAGAUCGACGAGGUGCUGCCGAUCACGUGCCAGCUCUGCAAGUGGAAGCUGCUCUACAGCACAGACGUCCACGGCUCGUCGCUCCAGUCGCUUCUCAUCCUUGCCAAGGCGCAGAGUCCGACGCUUGUAGUGGUCCAAGACGACCAGAAUGUGAUUUUUGGCGGCUUUGCGUCAGACGAGUGGCACCAUGCGCUCAACUACUAUGGCAACGGCGAGUCGUUCCUCUUCAGCUUUGAGAACGGCGCGAGCGUCACCAAGUACCCGUGGAGCCGCAAGAACAACUACUUUCAGCUGUGCUCGGAAGACGCGCUCAUCAUGGGCGGCGGCGGCAGCUUUGGCCUCUACCUCGAUGGCGACUUGCUGCAAGGCUCGACCGGCGCCUGCGACACGUUUGCGUCCAAGCCGCUCGUUGCCCGCGAACGCUUUGUCGUCACCAAGCUCGAGCUCUGGGGCUUCUCGGCCACGUGA